AUGGCAGCAUGGCUGCUGGCUGUCGGAGUCGUGGUGGCGGUAAGCCUGGUCAUCUCUUCCGCAGUGAGCUUUUGGUUGGCCUUGAGGCAACCGUCGUCUCUGGAAGAGUUGGGUGUGAAGCCCACAUAUCCGAGAAAUGCGCUACCGGAGGAAAAGAUCGAGGCCUACCAGCAGCUGAAAGACAAGCUGCGGGGCGAGUUCGCAAAGGACAUGGCCGGAGAUCAGUGGGUGUGCAAGCUGCCAGCGCAUGCGAAAGACCUGCUGAAGUAUAGACUGAUGCAGCGUGCAAUUGGAGAUAUGUCUCUGCUGCAAAAGAUUGACGCAGAUGCGCGUGGCUAUUGGAAGCUCUUCUCCAAGGGCAUAAUUACAUCGAAGUUUUGGAAUUCAGUUCUAGCGGCCGAGCGAGAACUCUCGCAGGAAAUAGAAGCUCUCAAGCUCGAGGCGCUGGCCAUAGAGCCGUCACAGGACCCGCAGGGGAUCGUGUCGGAGGCCAUGCAGCUUGUUGUCAGAUACGGUGACAAGAUUUGGGACAAGUUUCCAGAACCACCAGAAAAUCCUGGAGGUGCAGCUAUGGCAGCGGCCGCAAAGGCAGUGGCUGCAGCUGGAGGGCUACCGAGACCUGGAGCACCUGCUCCCUUUGCACCUCCUGGACCACCGCCUCCACAGCAAGGUGGGUCUACUGAUGCCUACAAAUGGCGGCAGGACACCGAGGAGGUUGAGAUUUCAGUCCAUGUGCCGAGCGACACUGCCAAGACUGAUAUCAAGGUUCAGUUCCAGCCGAAGUCACUCAAAGUCUUGCACUGUGGCAAGAUGUUGGUGGAGGGAGCUCUCGCAGCACCAUGCUGCCCGGAGGGCUGUACCUGGACUUUGAGCAAAGGUUCAGUCGUAGUUACCCUGGAAAAGGCCAGUCCAAAGCCUUGGCCUGGCCUUUUCGCACAGGCAAAGACCUGA